AUUCAGAUUUCAGACUCAGGUUUCAGAUUCAGAAAACAGAUUCAGAUUUGAGAAUUAGAUUUCCAAUUCAGGUUGUGAUUCAGAUCUCCAUUUCCGAUUGUAGAUUUAGGUAUAAAAUUGAGAUUGCGAUUGAAUUUGAGAUUUUUUUCCCAAUAGCGAUGCUGGAGGUGAAAGGACGACAGACUGCCAAAUUUAUCGUCCAGAAAACAGAGGAGGUUCUGAAGUUGUAUGAUAUAUCACUGGAACAAGUUUUGUCUGGGACGUGUGACAAUGGCGCCAACAUGUUGGCUGCUAUUAAAGGGUUGGAUCAAGACCUCCAGAUUCUUGAAGCUGAAAAAAUGGCUGUUGAAGAUGACGAAAAUUUGGAUUGUAUUAAUGAAGAUCUCCAUGAAGAACUUAGUAGAGAAUUCGAAUCUCGAAUCUACCUUGUGAGAUGCGCUGCGCAUACCUUACAAUUAGCUGUGACGGACGUGGUUAAGCACACAGAUAGUCGGAUUCGCAGCAUAACAAAUAUCGUUAAAAAUUGUAGGAAGAUAGCAUACAGAGAUUCAUUCCAUAUGCACAAUGUUCCCAUUCCACCAAUGUAUUCAAAAACCAGAUGGGGAGGAGUAUUUGAAAUGAUUUCGAACCUGUAUGAUCAUGAAUUAUUCUAUAAAGAUUUAGGAGAUCAGUUUAAGGAACUUGAUCUGUCUGAACACUGGGAUUUUAUCCAUGAUUAUAAAAACGCUCUGAAGCCCCUGUAUAUUUCUACCAAAGAAAUGCAAGCCAAACACCUAUCGUUGGGGGACUUUUAUAUACAAUGGCUACGUUGUCUGAUGGAGGUUAAAUUAUUAACAAACAAUGAAUUGGCGAAAUCCUUGAUUAUUUCUUUAACAACAAGACUUCAGCAGCUUAAAAACAAUGUUGUCUUUAAGGCAGCUUUGCUGAUUGAUCCUAGGUUCAAUUAUUUAUCUUCAGCUGUUCUGACGCCUGGAGAAAAGGAACCAAUCAGGAACUUUAUUAUCGCCACGUCACAGAGGAUUCGUUCAUUCAAACCCGUCGAAUCAGUUAUAGUUAAAGCGCCUGAGCCCGAACCUGAUACGGUAUCAUCCAACUUAGAUGACUUUAUGAGCGAUCUAUUUGGAGGAGUGCCACCAUUGACAAUGAACGACAAUCAAAAUCAGAACAAUUUCGUUAAACAAUUAAAUGGACUGGAUCUCGAGAACCAUCAAAACCACAAAUAUGAUGUAUGGAAGCACUGGCAGGAUCGCAUCAAUAGUCACCCAGAGCUGGCAGAAGUAGCGUUAGCCAUAAUGGCGGUUCCAGCGACUCAGGUAUCGGUAGAGCGCUCUUUUAGUGCACUGGCAUUGGUAUUGUCACCUGCGCGCACAAAUUUGUCAGCAAAAAAUUUGGAAAAUAUCCUACUCGUUAAAUUGAAUAGCGAUUUAUUAAAAUCAAUAAUUCCAAAUAUGUACGACUGGAAGCAGUAUCAGGGUCUAAGUGAUCUGCGUGGAUGAAAAUAAAACCUAUAAACCUAUUUAAAAAAAAAUUUCACUUAUUUUGUGUCUGUCCUUGAACAUAAACUUCGAAAUCAGUUCCCGUAAAAAUAUGUAUGGAAUCAUAGAAUCCUUUU